AUGGACGCGUCUGCGGCGGCGGCGCCCGCGGCGGUGCCGGGCGCGCUGGCGGGGCCGGUGGUGGACGGCGUGAGCGCGCUCGAUUGCAGCCCGCAGGGCCUGGCGGCGUUCAGCAGCGGCGCCGCCAUCAGCGUCGUCGACCUCGCCAGCAUGCAGCUCGUCCACACGCUCGUCGCGCCGCCGCCGCCCCUCGACCGCUCCGGGGGCCUCGCGGGCGGCGUGGCGGAGACGGCAGGCGUGGUGGUGCCGGUGACGGCGGCGCGGUUCAAGCCGGGCGGGCUGGACCGCGACCUGGCGCACCUCUCGAGCCUGCAGCUGGCGGCGGGCGACCGCGCGGGGCGUGUGGCGCUCUGGGAGGUGGUGCGCGAAGAGGUCGACCGCUGGCUGCUGCCCGACCGCGGGGGGUCGGCGGCGGGGGGAGCGGGGGGCGCGGGCGGCAGCGCGGGGGGCGGGGCGGCGGGGUCGGUGGACGUGGUGGAGUGGGUGAUGGGGCGGCCGUGGCUGCUGGCCGUGCUGCACGCCAGCUGCGCCGCCGUCGUCUGGGACCUCUCCUCCUCCGCCACCGCCUCCUCCUCGCCCGCCGCGGCCGCCACGGCGACGCCACAUGUCAUCUGGCGGUACGACGGGUCGGCGUCGCCCACGGGCGAGCUGCUGGUGUCGCUGGCGCUGGACCCCCACGACCCGCGCCGCGUGUGCGUGCACGGCGCGCGGGGGCUCGUGCUCGCGCUGCAGGUCGACCUGGCCGCGCCGGGCAAGGGAGGCGCGGGGGGGAGUGGGGGUAGCGGGGGGAACGGGGGGGGAGUGGGCAAGGAGCGGGGAUUGAGCAUCAAAACCACCACGCUGCAGCUGCCCCUGCCAGAGCCCGCCGGCGGGGGAGGGGGAGGGGGAGGCGGGGGUGGAGCAUCAGUGGUGGCGUGUGCGUUCGCCCCGCACACGCGCGACCUGCUGUACGCAGUGCUGCCGCGUGACAUCGUGUGCUUCGACCUCCACUUCGGGUGCGCCGUGGCGUCGUCCUCCGUGCCGCGCAGCGUGGCUCGGUUGACGCGGCUGCUGCUGCCGCCGUCCAGCGACGUGCUCUACUGCCUCCACGCCGACGGCAAACUCUCCAUGUGGCAGCGCCGCCCAGGCCGCCAGCUGUACAUGAUCCGCACGGUGGAGCCGCUGGUGCCGCUGCCCGGCAGUGCAGCACCGUCCCCGGGCAUCCUGGCGGCCGUGCUGUGGCCGCAGCCGUUCCGCGAGGCGCAGCUCGUGCUGCAGGCCGUGCCCGCCACCACGCCACGCCCCAACGGCAGCCUGGCCGGCGCCGUGGCGGCGGGCGUGAGCUUGCACGGCGUGAGCAGCUGCCAGGUGGUGUGUGUGAGCGACGACAACAAGCUCUGGCACUGGCUCGCCCGCACUGCUCCCGUGCCGCGCGGCCAGGGGGCGCUGGGGGGGCCGGCGGACAGGGAGAAAGGGGAUGGUGGGGACGGUGGGGCGAGGGGCGGACGGGGGAGUGGGGGGGGCGGCGGGGGGAGCGGAGAGGGCGGUGGUGGAGAGGGGGCGAGUGCGAUGGGUGACGGCGUGGAGGUGGCCAUGAAGCUGGAGCUGCUGGGCAUGUUCCACGGCUUCUCCUCCGCGCCCACCACGCUCUCCGUGCCUGCACCCUCCCUCUUCUCCUGCGUCCCAGGUGCGUGCCACCCCACCCCACCCAGUGCAUGGCUGCACCAACCAGCUGUGUGCGACAGGCCCCACGCUCUGCACGCACCUCCUGCAUGCACGCACCUCCUGCAUGCACGCACCUCCUGCAUGCACGCACCUCCUGCAUGCACGCACCUCCUGCAUGCACGCACCUCCUGCAUGCACGCAUUCGCCUGCCAUCCACACCAGCUGUCUUUUCUUGCAUGUGUGCUGUGCUCCCACCUCUCCACCACCACUCCUUGCCCCGCACCUCACAACCUUGACCCUCGGCUGAGCACGGCAACGGGGUCGCUGGCAGCAGCGGCGGUGCCGGUGGUGGCGGUGGCAACGCAGGAGGGCGGGGUGGAGCUGGUGGACACGGCCGUGCACGCCAUCGCCGCCUCCUUCCUGCUGCACCCCUCCAUGGUGCGCGGGGUGCGCUGGCUCGGCAACACCCGCCUCGUCUCCUUCUCCUUCCAAGAGGUGCGUGCACGCAUAGAGGAGAGAGGGAGCGUAUGGGAAGGGAGUGUAGUGUGGGGGUGUGGGUGA